AAUGGCCGACGUGGCCACGCCUUGACAUAAACUGGUAUUUUAACACUACCUCCGGGCUGCUGACACACACACUCACACACACAUUCACACAUUCACACAUUAGGAAGUGGAGUUCCGUUGUCUGCGUCCCGACGACUUGCGGCCUGAUCUCUGCGCCACAGAACCACAGGAAAAUGAUGCGCACUCUGGGCAAGAGGCGCUGACAAUGUGCGCUGAUUUCCCCGCAGGAUCCUCAGACUUGUAGAGUUUUACCGUGGGACAGGCAGCAUGUCCUCUCCCACGACCACAGUGGGUCUGCUCCUUCUCCUCCUCACAGGCAUCGUCUCCACUGCGUCAGGGGUCCAAAAACUGACCAUCACCCCUGACAAAGGCACCACCUUCAACAUCACCAGUACCCAGGUCAAAGGUUGUCAGGUGUGCACAGGGGCAGGACGCUCCCGGAGAUGUGAUGCAUCUCUGCUGUUAAAAGACAACACUCCUGUGUCAGUGGAGUUUGAGUGCCCCAGACCUCAAGAUGCUUUCAAGGUCGAAAUUAGCCGCAAUAUAGAAUGUACUACAAAGUCUUGCACUGGCCACAUCAUCCAGGCCGACUUCGGCUCACUUCCUCUGCUGGAUUUUAACCGCAAAUUCACUUGGAACCUGAAGGCAGCGGCGCCAAAAGCGUUCAAAAUAGACUUCAGCGGCACAGGUCUGAGACAGAUUAAUCCGUCCGAGAGCUGUCCGGACAGACUCAGCUACACCCUCCAGGCCCUGCAGACUACAGGGAGCGUGGCCGUAGGGAAAUACUGCAGAGCGGGCGCUAUCAGCAGCGCUCAGAUACUGAUUCUGGGCAGCUUUUCUCUGGAGGUCCCGGGAGGGCAGAAGCCGCAAAACAGCCAGUUUGACGUGUCUGUCGGGGAGGAAAUCAAAUCCCUCGCCAAAAUUACUCUGACGUUACCAAAAGGGACCUCGUCCUCUGUGCUGCUCUCUCCAAACUACCCGGACAGCUUUCCUGACGACGAUUUGAUGGAGUGGUACUUUCACGUUCCGGACCAACACAAGACGGCCGUAAGGUUCUUUAACCUCACACAGCCCAGUUGUCUGAAGAAGGAGACGGCGGUGGAGUAUCACAGCAAAGGGAGAGCAGCGCUGGUGCGGAGUCUGAACGAUCCCCACGAACAGAGGUCGGGGGACUUCUCCAUGACGCUGAGGAACUGUGAGAUGGAAAGAAGACGAGCUUAUUCUCCUGGACUCAGCGUAAAAGUCCAGGUGUCCACUUCAAGUGCAAGAUCAUCAGUGUUGUGCAAAGUGGACCUGAGCAAAGCGGAGGGCCUCGUUCUUUACAUCAAGAAGCUGAGGCCGACUUCUGCCUGUGAGAUGAAAAUCAACUCUGUGACCAAAGAGAACAUCACGGUCACUUCAAACAGUGAGCUGUCGUUCCAGGGCUGCACCCCCGAGGACGUAGAGGUCACCGCCAUGAAAGUUAUUGACUUUCUGCUGACCACCAUCCUGAGUGUGGUGGCCGCUCUGUUGGUCAUUUUCAUCAUCGUGCUGGUAGUCGUCUGUCUGGUCAUUAGGAAGAAGAAGAAGCUGCUGAAUCAUCAGGUUUCCAUCUACAAUCCGAACGGCACCAGCUUCCUGCCCGGACAGAACAACUUCCCCAAAUCGCGUGAAGACAACGAGUCCCAUGUGUACGCCUCCAUUGAGGACACGCUGGUCUACACACACCUGCUGAGAAAGGGAAUGGAGAUCGGCAUCUACGGAGAGACCGACACGUACCGGUCCUUCGCCGGACACACAGACUCUCAAAAGCCGCUGGUCUCCAAAACCUCCAGCGUCAAUGAGCCGGAUGAGGGGGUUUAUCGCCCGUUCUCGUACCCAGCUGAAGGUCCUCCGCUUCCCAACAGGCCUCCGAGCCAUGAGCUGGUGGACAAUGAGAUUUACCAGAGCGGGGACCCGAUUGGGGGGGAGCGCUCUCCGAGUCUGGGGCCGAGGCUGGAGCCGGAGGGAGGAAACUGAGGAGGAGAUUGGAUUCAGCUUUUCUUCUUCGUACUUGGUCAUUUGACAUAUUCAUUCCCUGGCAUCUGUGUGAUUACCUGCAGUUCAGCCCUGAAAGGAGCUCUGUUUUCUGAGCGUAGUUUUGCAGCACAGCCACGCACACCAAAUAACGCUGUUCAAACGUGCAUGCUGCUGUUACCUUUUAUUUUCAAUGAAGACACACUUGUUCUCAAAGUGUCAAUCAGCCCCUAAAUACUAGUUUUUCCCACUGUAAAGCGCUGUUUUCCUUUUAGACGAUGAAUGUUUUAAAUUUUUAGAUAUUGUACAUAUGUCAUUUUGUACAUAUUAUGGAUGUUUGUACGGGGGGGGGGGGUCUUGUGUGCUGUUUAAUGCUGAGUUUUACAUUUCUAUCUGAAUAGAGAGGAGGACUCCGCUGCUGCUGCAAUAAAUUGCACUUUCUGGCAUCAUCUGAACCUGACGGCCUGAUGAUGGCCUGUGUUGCAGGCGAUUGCAACAGCAGUGAAUGUGCACGGAGUCCUCUCUGUGUGUGUGUGUUAUCACAGUCUCUCCGCCGGCUGCCGAGGCUUCUAGUAAUCACUACACUGUAAAUGUGCCCUGCAGAGCUGGUAGAUACACUCCUGCUAUUACAGGUUAGGAUUUUACAGUUGUUUUCAAACAGGAUUAAGUAAAAAAUUGUGCUUUUGUUGUUUUGGUUUUUUUGACCCAUCUCAAGGAAAUCUCAACACUGAAGACGUGAUGCUUUUUCUUUAGUCCUUAUUUUGUUUUCUUUCUGUGCAUCAUGAUGAUUAAGAAUCAGUAGAAUUUUACUUUUCUAUGUGUCAAGGACCAUGGGCCCAUUCUGCUGGACUUUAGCGACAUGGAAUAAAAAGCCUUGUACACACUCAA